AUGGAAGUGAUUCAGUGUUCUGAAUAUUUUGGGAAAAGAAAUGAGCCCGUUGCAUUUCAAUACUCGCGAAUCAUAUUCCAACGCGAUGGUCUCCUCUAUGAAGGUCGUUCAGCCAGUCGGUAUCGUUCAAAGUCAGAGAUCAAAGAACAGGAACUAUAUGAAACCACCUCCAUUCCAGUUGAAAAUCUCCAUCCGGAUUUUGAAAGCAGCUUCACCAAAGCGUGCAAUUAUCUAGAUCCCAUCGAGUGGUACGUCAAGCGCCAGAGCUUAUCACAUUACGACCCCCAAAACCCGGAUCGACUCAAAGAUCAGACGAUUGAGGAAGUGAAAACCUGUGAAUAUCUCAAAGAAAGUCCUCACCCUAACAUUGCGGUGUAUCACGGGUGCGAAGUGAAGGAAGGCAAAAUAACAGGGCUUUGCUUUCAAAAAUAUGGUGAAACCCUGAUGGAAAGAGUGAACCCGAUGAAACUCAGCAAACAGCUCUUCCCGAUGAAAGUAGGUGGUGGUGUCCUCUCGCCGCACACGGAGCGAUGGUUCGACAGCAUUGAGAGCGGCAUCCGGCACCUUCAUACGCUCGGAAUCGUCCAUAAUGACAUCAAUCCCUCCAACAUUAUGUUCGAUGGCGAUACCCCGGUUAUAAUUGAUUUCGGCUCCUGCAGGCCGAUAGGCCAUCAUAUCGGUAUGGUUGGGAGGACAUACGAAUGGCACGACAGCAACAUCAUGGAAGCCAAGCCAAGCAAUGAUUUGGAUGCUCUGGAGGAAAUGAGGUGCUGGCUACGCGGACGUGUUGAAGGGUUCAGGUUUUAG